UCGGUGUCCCGGUCUCGUCAGGUGCCGAGAACCCAGGGGGUGCUGUCGGUGCCCCGGUUUCCUCAGGUGCCCGUACAGCCGUGGCUGCCCCUGUGCCUGUGUCGCCUCAGGUGUCGGUCUCCUAUGGUGUCACGGGUGCUGAUUCUUUGGCAGUGUCACCUCAGGUGCCGGUCCUUGUGGAGCCAGUGCUCCUGUGCCUGUGUCACCUCAGGUGCCCGGUCCCUCUUGGAGCCAGGCAGUGCCCCUGUGGCAGUGUCACCUCAGGUUAAAACGACAAUCAGUAUUAUGGAGGAGGCCUUAGAAUUGUUCCAGGAACAAGCUGUCACUAAACCUUCUCCAUGUGAAGCUGAACUUCAGGAAUUAGUGCAUCAAAUUGACAUCAUGGUAAACAGAAAGCAACUGGAAUGGGAAAGAAAGAUGAGAGCUUUAGAAGUGAAGAUGGAUAUCCAGGAUCAAGAAUUAUUAAGUGUCCAAAGCAAACUGGAUCAAAAAGGUCAAGAGGUGGGACUACUUCAACAAAAAUUGGAAGACUUACAGAAAACUAAAUAUGAAAUGGCUCAGAGCUAUGAAACUCAGCUUCAAGCACUGAAAUCUCAAUUUUCAAAGUUGACACAUAGUUAUGAAAAGCUACAGUCACAUCAAUUAAAACACAAAAAGGUCAACAGUAGAGAAGAAUGUGAGGAAAGCCUAGUGACAUCGUCUGACCCAAGAAAUUUAUACAAGAAACUGGAGGAAUUUAAAUUGAGAGAAGGGGAUAAGAAUGGGACAAUCUGCCAAAAUUAUCCUGUUUAUUUGGAUGCUCAACAAAAAUUAUUGUCCGAGAAAUAUAAUUUAUUUCAGUUGCUCUUUUGUGAGGUCUCUGAUCGCCAGUUGGAGUCUUGCACUAUAUUUUUCUUAGGAUGCAUUGACACUUUGAAGCAGACCCAGAAUUAUCAAUUCCAAAUACACAAUAAGAAAAAAAAUCAAGACAAGGUAAUUACCUAUGCCCAGCCUGAAAGUGAAAAGGAUGAUUUGAUUAUUGAAAAACUAAAGGCAACUGUGAAUGAAAUAGCAAGGAACAAGAAUAAACUCGAAGAGGAAAAUCUGAAGCUCCGUGAAGAUCUAAAAGUUUACCAAAACCAGUGCCAGAAUAUGGAGGCAGACUUUUCAGAAAUGAGACAUGAGCUGCAGUCACGGGAUGGUCUCUGGAGAAGGAUGCAGCUGGAAUGCCAGCAGUUGCAUACAGAAUUAUUGAAAAUCAAAGAGUACAAAGAUACGCAGGAAAUUCAAAUAAAGCAUCAAUCAUCUCGUGUUCAACUUACUGAGCAACUAGAAAAUAAAAACACUGAGUUAUUACUAUUUGCAGAAAGUCAAGAACGCCAACAAGAAGAGCUAAACAAGAUAAGAAACCACAUUUAUCGAGAGGAGCAGUCCCAUUGCUCUGAGCAGGAAAGAAUGAAGACAGAAAUCUCUGACCUGACAGAGGAGCUUCAUCAGAAGGAGAUCACUAUAGCAACUAUCAUGGAGAAAGCUACUCUUCUGGAAAGACAGUUAAAAAUGGAGUUAGAGACAAAAGAUAAAUUGUUAGCAAAACAACAGUUAUUGGAAUUCCAAUACCAAGUUAUCAAAUCUGAAAACACACAUCUAAAAGAGAUGGUGGAAAACCAGGAGCAGGAAAGUUGCAUGAAUAUAGAUUUAUGUAACAAAGAACAUGGAAAUUUCACAGCUUCUGUUCACAAAAUGAAACAUGAGAAUUUAAGACUAGAAAAUAGUGUUGCUAAACUACAAAAUGACAGAGAAAUAUCAAUACUGGGUUGCACAGAUACAUAUGGAGAAACAGAGCACAGCUACCAAAUCCAUUCAAAGAUGCAAGAAAAGGAAGAGAGAUCAUUCCAAAAUAAAGAUGCAGGGGAAAUGGAAUGUCAACAGACUGAUAUGCUUACUGCCAGUGGACACCACAGAAAACGUAGUCCUGCGUUAUAUGGCCAAGGCAAUAUCACUGGGUCAAAAAGUGACAGCAUUUUAUCUUCUCAUCCACUUCACAGAGGUCAUGAAAAGAAAAUAGUUUAUAAAUCUCCAUCACCACUAGUGGGGUAUCCUUUGGGCUUUGGUGGGCCAUAUCCUAAAAUGGGCAGAACAGGCAGUUUACUGAGCCCUGCUUACAGUGGAGAAGAAAUGAAAUUAUCAGAAGAAAUCAAAUUAUCAUCUCCCCAUGAGAUGUCCUUCCUUGCAACAACAGAAAAGUUCCUUCAAGAGGAAGAUAAACAUGCAAGAGAGUUUGAAGAACGUUUAAAUUUGCACCUUGAAGAGCUGCAAAGAUAUUCUGAAAAUAUUCUAAAAAAACAUUCCAGGAUACAGCAAAGCAGACAUACUUAAGCCAGUCACACAGUUAAGAAAAGAAAACCAAGUAAUGACCCAUGAGUUUCUUAAAACUAAAAUCUGCAACUAGUUGCUUAAUGCAUUUAGGCACAUUGCCAAUACCAUUUAUUUUUAGUACCAUGUUUUCAAUAAGAUCAUCGUUAUCCUAUGGAUUUAAAUAC